AUGAAUCACACCCCUAUGCGCAGACGUCAGACGCACACCCGUUUCCGGGGAUCAUCCCGACCCCCACAUGCGGAUACCGUCGCCAGUCACCAUUCGGGCUCCACCAUUGCACCAUCGAACUCCACCGCGCCGCCCGUAGCGUCUCCGGCCCACAACCACAAGGUCAUUGUCGUCGGCGGCGGCAGUGCCGGCCUGGCCAUCGUCUAUCAACUGCUCCGGACGGGUAGAUUUUCUCAGGACGACCUGGCUGUCGUUGACCCGGCCGAGUGGCACCACUACCAGCCCGGAUGGACUUUGGUCGGGGGCGGGCUCAAGAAGAAGGAGGACCUGCGGCAGCCCUUGAAAAGUCUGAUCGACCCCAAACUAAAAUUUUACAACGAUGGCGUGCGCGCCUUCUCGCCCGAGGACAACCUUGUCACGCUCAGCAACGGCGACAAACUCGGGUACGAGCAGCUUGUCGUCGCGCCCGGCAUCAGCAUCAACUAUGCCAGCAUCAAGGGCCUGCCCGAGGCCCUGGCCGAUCCAGACUCUCUGGUGUCGUCCAUCUAUGGCUACGAGACCUGCGACAAGGUCUUCAAGACAGUGCAGAAGCUGCAAAAGGGCACCGCCAUCUUCACCCAGCCCGCCGGCGUCGUUAAGUGCGCUGGCGCUCCCCAAAAGGCUAUGUGGCUCGCCCUCGACCACUGGAAGCGUGCCGGCCGCUACCAGCCUUCUGACCCGAACUCCUCCGUCAAGAUUGCUUUCGCUACAGGGCUCCCCACCAUGUUCGGCGUGCCAAAGUACAGCGCCAAGCUCGAGGAGCUGCGGCAGGAGCGCGGUGUCGACUCUGUCGAGGGCCUGUUUGAGCACGACCUGGUCGCCGUUGUAGACGGCAACAAGGCCGCCUUCACCCGCGGCGCCGACAAGCAGCAAGUGACGCGCGAGUUCGACCUGCUGCACGCGGUGCCCAAGAUGGGCCCGCACGCGUUCGUCAAGGACAGCGCGCUGGCCAACGAGGCAGGGUUCGUCGACGUCGACGACGGCACGACGCAGUCGCGCAACUACGCCAACGUGUGGUCGGCGGGCGACGCGUCGAGCCUGCCGACGUCCAAGACGGCGGCGGCCAUCACGGCGCAGGCGCCCGUGCUGGUGCGCAACCUGCUGCGCACCAUGGACGGGCAGGCGCUCGAGCCUGAGUCUAUCUACGACGGCUACACGUCGUGCCCGCUCGUGACCGAGUACGGCAAGGUGCUCCUGGCCGAGUUCAAGUACGGCGGCGUCGAGCCCCGCCGUGCCUUCUACCGCUUCAAGAAGGACUUUUUCCCGUGGGUGUACCAGAACUAUAUGGUCAAGGGUACUUGGGCUGGGCCAAAGGGGUGGAAGAGGUGAAUGGGGACCCAUCAAACAGGAGAUGGCUCGCGUGGGUCAAUAAAACUUGAGUUCCCUAGAUUAAUGAUGAAACCAUUUUUCUGUGAAAGCUGAGGCUGCCCGAUUG